GAAUUCUACGUCAGAGCCUGAGAUUGGAGCUUCACCUCUGGGAGCAGCUGCUGCUGCUGCUGCUGUUCUCAGGUGAAGAAGAGUCGGGACGGUGGACACCACGGACUCUUCUCUCAUCACUGAUCGCGGGUUAUAUGUGAGGAUUAAAGCGAUUAAUCCGGAUUUAAACACGCUGAAGUUUUUUUCUUCACUUCUUCAUUAAUUUCCUGGUGAAGAAGCUCCGCGCGAUGUCUCGCGCCCCCGCUGGAUUACCGGACUCUGUGGGAACCGGAACCCGGUAGAACUGUUCUGUGUUCAGACUGCGGGGCUGAGAGAUCAGAUAUGGGGUUCUGGGGGUCUGUGCUGCUUCUGCUGGCUGGAGCCGUGGCAUCUUUAGCACAACUGGAGAGAUACGACCCCAGUAAGAUCAGUACCUGCUCUCAGGGUCUGAUAAGCUGCAGUGUGGUGGAUGACUGGUCUAUAGUGCAGGAGGAGGACUCUGGACCUGUGGAAAUCUCAGAUGUGGAUGUGAAGCCGGUUCUGUGCUGUAAACAGAACCAGAGAUGUGAAGCUUGUCUUCUGAUCACCAUCCACAUCCGCAUCCUGAACCAGACUGAAGGUAGUGGAGAAGAUUCAGGAGACAGUGAAGAUGAGAAUGAAGGUGUUAUAACAGUGCGCUACUAUUCUGGACCCAACCUUCCUCAGUACAGGAGGAUCUUCUUCACAGUGACACCGGCUGCCCGCAGGAAACAGGUGGAAGCUCAGCUGAAGGUGGUGGAGUGCAGGGACGUGUUCCCGGGCAGUCGUGUGAACGUGACGGUCAGCUCCUUCAAUCGCUCGGUCUCGUUCCCCUCGCUGAGUGAAGUCUGUCCUUACGCAGAUUUAGAAGAAUGUAAAACUCCCAGAGUGAUCCCGGUGAUUGACAGGUCAGGGGGCGUGGCUGAGCUGAGAGUGGUUGAUGAGGAUGUGAGUCACACGAAAAGGCUGCGGAUCUGUGUGAAGCGAGGGCAGUAUGGAGAGUGUUGGAAAUCUCCACCGAUCAUUCCGUUACACAGCGUCACCUCCUGCAUGUGUUUUCAGGCUUGGACUAAUGCUUCUCGGACCUGGUCCUGUCCUUUUACUAAAAAUAAAGAGUUCAGAGAGAACGCAGUGAGGAAUGCGUCCCUCACCGUCAGUCACAACAAGACCAACGACGGCCGUCCCGUUCUGAGCUGGAUCCUGAGCGCCCCCUGCAGCCUGGAGGCUGAAGUGUGGCCGUGCCGGAUGGGGGCGGGGCCGGGAAGCGACUGUAAGGAGGUGCCGGGGUUCAGAGUCAACCAUACCAAGGAUUUGAAAUGGUCUGAGAACAACUCCACGCUGUGGAUCUCGGGGGAGUUUGUGAACUUCAGCUCCCACAGACACUUCCUGCACUGUGUGAAGUUUAAGGUGGACGGGGUGAUAUCUGAUCCUGUGUGUCAGUAUAACACCCGUAGGUGGCGCUGGAGCGCUCCUGUGCUCGUGGCUCUGCUGGUUUUCGGCCUGGUUGGAGUUGGAGUGUGUUUGUUGAGGAGGAGAAUCAGAGGCUGCGUUUCAGACUGGGAGAAAACACACCACUCUGGAGUAGAAGCUGGUGUUGAGGAGGUGCUGCUCCUGCAUGCGGGUGGUGCUGAUCCGGGUGGUGUGUGUGUUCUGGCGGAUCAGUUAUCUGAUCUGGGUUUGGGGGUGUGUUCUGAUCUGAGCAGUCAGAAGGAGGUGGGGUCCUGUGGUCCGGGGCCGUGGCUGCACUCUAAACUGGCUCAGCUCCAGAAGCCCGGGGGUAAAGUGCUGCUGAUGCUGUCUGACCCGGCGCUGGACACGGCCCAGGCCUGCUGGGACAGCUGGACCCGGGAGAGGACGGGACCGGCGGAUUACAGGACUCCUCCGUGGUCCUCCGACGUUUUCGGCUAUGCCCUCAACUGCAUUUUCACCGCCCGUCUGAAGGGCGGCGCUGCUGAGCGCUUCGCUCUGGUGCAGUUUGACUCUCAGAGACUCCUGGACGGAGACAGACUCGUGCCUGAGCUUUUCCGAGGCCUGGAUCUCUACAGUCUGCCCUCAGACAGCCGCAGACUGCUAGCAGAACUCUGCCCAGAGCGGACCACCAGGUUUAGCAUGCGGCUAAAGAGGCUGCUGUGGCUCAGACAGGCCUCCGCCAGGCUGGAUAAGGGGCUGAGGAAUUGUGGGAAAGGACUGCGACCACAUGCUGAUUCAGUCCUUACACAGGAGGAGUCUCUGGAGGAGGAGAUGCUCCCUCUGAAGCAUUGACGUUACCUCAAAUCAGCUAGCGUGGAUGAAAUUAGCGUACUAGCUAAAUAGCAAACAUGAGCCGCCAAUCUCAUACAGUGUGUCUGGAUUAGGGAUGGGCAUUUGAACCUUUUAGCUGUUGAUAUAUCCACAAUUUACACAUUUUACACUUAUAGGGCCCUGUUUUACACUCUGCGCAAAGUGUAUCGUAGUGCUCAUUGCUAUCUUACACCAUACAAGCAGUCUAUUUUCACAUCUUUCACCUGUAUGGUUUAAUACUUAUACUCACUGUUUACAACUUGUAAAAUGAAGAAUGGAAGUGAGGUGUGUUCGGGUAAAUAUUUGGUGUAUUGCUAUCUUGGCAAUGGAAAAAAACACAAGUGCAUUACUGACUUAAAAGAAACUAGAUAACAGUCAAUCAUCAGAUGUUUAUUGCUAUCCUGGCAACGCAGUGCAUAAACCCAAUUUUUAUAUGUUCCCAUAAAUGAGCCGUUUGCACAUCUUUACUGUGUGAAUGAGCAGGUUAUUUUCCACUGCUGAGAAUUGCAGAAGUGCUGCACUGUCAAAAUAGCAAUUCGCCAAAUUUAACGCCCGCUGCUCUGAAAGGGAAUGGCAAGUGACACUCUGAUUGGCUUAUUUCAUGGUACUCCAAAAACACACGAUUAAUAAAGAGAAUCUGUCUACGCCUCUUGCACGUUUCAAACCACACAAAGUGUACUUUUCCCGUUGUUACGAUAGCGAAGACACAUUGAUACACCCUAAAUCAAGUUGCACUACUUGCCUAAAGAUUGCUAAAAUAGGGCUCAUAGCAGUCUCUUAUCCCUGAAAGAAAUUAGUUUAUAUCUUUAUAAAAAGGUAAAAAGAGAAAAAAUAUGGUUUAUCACUUAUUUGGCCCAGCUGGCACAGAUAGCUCCUAAAUCUGUGUUGAUUACCCAUCUAAAAAAUCCAGCUCAAGACCAGUUUAUGCUGGCAGCUGGUUUUAAAUGGUCUACACUGGUCUUUGAUAACCAGCUAAACCACCAAUCUCAAUCUAAUACAUACAUUAUUCUGUUCAAAAGCCAAACAAACCAACGACCCCACCUUAACUGGUUUAACUGAACUGGAGAAGUCAUAAUUUAUAUUACCAUGCCAUGAUUACGCCCCACAGUGUUUUUAACCUCCCUCACAAGAUAGCACCUCACAACUUAUGCAAGUGUUAGCAUUCCCAUACCAUCCUCUGAGGAUAUUCCAUGACUUUUUUCACUCAUGUCAGUGCAUAUGUCUUCUGUAUAAAUAAAUAUAAGACUAAAUGAAGGACACAUUUGUAAAUGAGGCGCCCAUCCCUAUUCUAUUCCAUAUUCCUGGAACAGCUGUAGCUUUAGUGAAUUAACUGAUUAACUUCACAAUGAAGUCUGAUUCACUAUGAAGGAACGUCACGCCCGCGUACAGCAUGGGUGUGUGAUUAACUCUUCACUGGAAAAGAAUGAUAGAUGUUUCAGAAACUGAAAUAUAAUCACACCCUUCCCAGAUUCCUGCUCAGUCCUGAAGAGUUAUUCCCAUGAAAAUGAAGGGUAGUCAUUCGCUCAAACUGGUCCAGCCCCUCCUAACAGUGUUAUAAGUGCAGGUCAGCACCUCACGUCCAAGUUUAAAAAACAAAAAGUUGAGUUCAUCUCAUUUGCUGUGAGCUAAUGUUAUUUUUUUUAAGGUUUUCAGAAAAUUUAAUUUUUCACAAAGUGAAAAAAAUGAAAGCACAUUAGUAGUCAAGCAAUAGAAAAAACACCUGACCACAAACCUUUGUUAAGUUACCAUAUUUUUUGCACUAUAAAAUCCUUUCAUUUUCCCAGAAAUCAACAGUGCGCCUAAAAAUCCAGUGCACUUUAUGCAUAAAUUCUACCAGUCAGGGUGUAAGGAGCAGUAAAGCCACUCUGCUGAAGUACAGCAUUAUAAGGGUGAGCUUUCAGUGAAGUUUCUCCAGCACCAAGGCUGGAGCAGCGUUAGCAUUAGCAUUAGCUGCUAAUUACAAUGCUAACUCUUUUGCCGUUUAGAGGCGAGUAUAUUGGUGUGUCUGUACAGUCUUUUGACUGGUACUGUAUAUAUGUACUGUGUAUAGUAUAUACUGUAGAUAUAGAUAUAUAUACAGCUCUGGAAAAAAAUAUAUAAGUGACCACUUAAAAAUUAUGAUUUUUUUUUUUAUUUUACCAAAUUGAAAACCUCUGGAAUAUAAUCAAGAGGAAGAUGGAUGAUCACAAGCCAUCAAACCAAACUGAACUGCUUGAAUUUUUGCACCAGGAGUAAAGGCAGCAUAAGGUUAUCCAAAAGCAUUGUGUAAGACUGGUGGAGGAGAACAUGAAGCCAAGAUGCAUAAAAACUGUCAAAAAAAAACAGGGUUAUUCCACCAAAUAUUGAUUUCUGAACUUUUAAUAAUUAAUGAAUAUGAAC